AUGCCGAUAAAGCGAGAUAUUGGCCACACGACACCCGCGGCCAACGGUUCAGUCGAGCCGGCCGCGGAAGAAGUCGUCCAGAACGGAAACCAUGUCAACGGCGACGGUGAGAUACUGGAUAUGGUCAUCGUGGGUGCCGGAUUCGCGGGCAUCUAUUUGAUGUAUCAACUGAGGAAACGAGGCUUCAAGUCCAAAAUCAUCGAGGCCGGGUCCGAUCUUGGAGGAAUCUGGUAUUGGAACAGGUACCCCGGCGCCCGGGUGGACAGUCAGUAUCCGGUCUACGCGCUGUCCAUACCCGAAGUGUAUCGCGACUGGACUUGGUCGUCGCACUAUCCCGACCACGCGGAGCUUCGCGAGUACUUCAAGCACGUCGAGGACUGCCUCAACAUCAAGAAAGACUGCGUCUUCAACAGCAAAGUCACCGAGGCGACGUGGGACGAUAAGACGUGCCUGUGGACGAUCCGAACCGAGACCGGCCAGACGUUCCGCACCAAAUACUGGACCGCGUGUACCGGGUUCGCAGCAAAGCGGUACUUCCCCGACUGGGAAGGCAUGGAAGAAUUCAAAGGCGAGAUUCAUCAUUCCAGCUUCUGGCCCAAGGAAGGUGUCGACGUGAAAGGGAAGCGAGUGGCUGUGAUUGGAACAGGUGCCACUGGCGUGCAAAUCACCCAAGAGUGGGCCAGAGAAAUCGGAGAAGACGGUGACCUGAAAAUGUUCCAGCGGACGCCAAACCUGGCGUGUCCCAUGAACCAGGUGUACAUGACCAAGGAAGAACAAGCCAAACUAGUCGACGGUCUGGCCGAGAGAUUCGAGGAGCGAAACAACUAUUACAACGGCUUUCUCUACCAGUGGCGCGACAAUCUGACUUUCGAUCACACCAAAGAGGAAAGAAAGGAGUUCUACGAGAUGUUGUGGAAAAUGGGCGGUUUCCGUUUCCUCAUGAACAACUACUACGACAUGACCCGCUCGGAUAAGCCGAACCAGGAGGCGUACGAAUUCUGGCGGGAUCGUGUACGAGAACGUGUUAAGGAUCCGCGAAAGCAGGAGCUUCUUGCUCCAUGGGAGCGUCCCCAUCUGUUUGGUGGUAAACGCCUCUCCCUCGAGCAGGACUUUUAUGAUCAUUUUAACAAGCCCAACGUCGACGUGAUCGAUGUUCGAAACAACCCCAUUAAGCGAUUCGUCGCCGACGGUGUCGUCCAGGAGGACGGUACAUACCACAAACUCGACGUUAUCGCGCUAGCGACGGGCUUUGAUUCCAUCACUGGUGGCCUGAAGGACAUGAAGAUCACCGGCGUUGAUGGCGAGGUCCUGACCGACAAAUGGGCCAUGGGCACCUGGACCUAUCUGGGCAUUUCGACCGCCCACUUUCCCAAUUUCUUCUUUACGUACGGUCCGCAAGCACCGACAGCCUUCUCGAACGGACCGUCAUGCAUCGAAAUCCAAGGCGACUGGAUCACCUCAGUUCUGGAAGAUAUGCGCGAAAAGGGACUCAAGAAGAUUGACGCGGACCGCUCGGCCGAAGAGGAAUGGCGAAAACUGGUGUUCGAACUAAUCAACGACACGCCCCGUGGGAAAGUCGACUCCUGGUACAAUGGGGCCAACAUCCCGGGUAAGCCACGCGAGCACUUGAACUACGCUGGCGGCAUCCCUCGGUACAAGAAGACGCUCGAACAAGUGAGGAGGGAUGGAUAUAGCGGCUUCAGCCUGGCAUGA